AUGAAAUCCGCGACCGACGAGCUGGGACAACAAAUCACCACACAAGACAUGGCCAAUGUAGACGAAACUCUCUCGAAGCUCGACAGAAAGUCAGCGAAAAAGCUUGCCACGAAAUCGUUUAUGGAGUUCUGCAGGUCCGUGCAUCUGUCCAGCCAUACAAUGAACCGCCUAGCCAAUUUUGCCAGCCGUUGGGCCAAGCUGGAAGACUACCCUUACACCGGCAGCGAAGAAGCUAAGGCGAAUCUGGAUCCGUCGCCAAGCAACCCAUCCUUUGGCGCAGCUGGCCCUUCGCGCACAGGCGGAGGCACGACCGCUGGGGCACAGACACGGACAGGACAGCACCACCAAGGCUACAAUCAGCCAAGACCGGACACAGUUCCAACAAUCCGGUCCGUCAAUACGGAACUUCCCGUGCGGCCAAGCCAGUGGCUGUUGCCACUGCAGAAAAAUGCCGGUCUCGGGUCUAUAGAGGAUGCCGCCAUGGCCCGACACAUCAAUCGACUUGUGGAUGACAUGAAGAACUCGUGUCCAGGAGACCAGCUCCGUGGUUACUGGCACUUGCUGGAUGGAUUUUAUUCCAGAUGUGCCGCGUCCGGCCGUAGUACGCUCGAGUACGAUAGCGACGACGACGACGACGACAACGACGACGAUGGCAUCGAGGGCAGCUCUAUGGGUAUGGCCAACUGGAACCUGUUCUCUAUCGUGCAGUACCGGACCACGGCGUCGGAUUUUGCAACUCACAGCAUUGUGGAUGCAUUGCAACUACCUCGACCCAAUGGCCAGGACUGUCUGCAUUGGGACCGCAACGCAUGGGUGAACCGCAUGGUAGCGGAUCCACGGAACAGGGCCGCGAACGGAGCACAACUUGACGUCCGAAUGGGGCGGGUGUAUGUGAUUGCGGCCAUUUUCGAGGCACACCUCGGCAGCGAGGCUGCCGAAAAUGCCAUCAUGGACCAGGUCAUCGAAAUUCUCAAUCGGCAUCAAAGCUACUACACGUCUGUCGCCCGGUCGAGCCGCGAGGUGCUGGUGUCGGCGCGUCGGUACCAUUCUAUUCGGCAGACUCUGAAGCGAAAGUUUCGUCAUAGCCGUCGUUAG